AAGGGUUUCUUGAGGUGGUUGGCGGAAGAUGGCGGCUGCCGAGAGGGCCUGGUGUGUGUGCGAGUUGUUGAGGUUUUUUUAUUCAUUAUUCUUCCCUGGGUUAAUUGUAUGUGGAACUUUAUGUGCAUGUUUGAUCGUUGUCCUUUGGCAAAUCAGACUGCUGCUACAGAGAAACAAAAAGUCAAUGUCAACUAGCAAAAAUGGGAAAAAUCAAAUGGUGAUUGCAUUUUUUCAUCCAUACUGCAAUGCUGGUGGAGGUGGAGAAAGAGUUUUAUGGUGUGCCUUAAGAGCCCUGCAGAAAAAGUAUCCUGAAGCAGUUUAUGUUGUUUAUACUGGGGACACUGACAUCAGCGGUCAACAGAUCCUAGACGGUGCUUUCAGAAGAUUUAACAUCAGAUUAACUUGUCCAGUGCAGUUUGUUUUCUUAAGGAAACGCUACCUUGUGGAAGAUUCACUCUAUCCUCACUUCACACUGCUGGGCCAAAGUCUCGGAUCCAUUUUUCUUGGCUGGGAAGCUCUGACCCAGUGUGUUCCUGACAUAUACAUCGAUUCAAUGGGAUAUGCUUUCACACUCCCUCUGUUUAAGUAUUUAGGGGGAUGUCAGGUUGGAAGCUAUGUUCAUUAUCCCACUAUCAGCACUGACAUGCUCUCUGUAGUGAAGAAUCAGAAUGUUGGAUUUAAUAAUGCAGCCUUCAUUACCAGGAAUCCAUUCCUCAGCAAAGCAAAGCUCCUCUACUACCAUUUAUUUGCCUUCAUUUAUGGACUUGUUGGUUCUUGCUGUGAUGUAGUCAUGGUCAAUUCUUCUUGGACACUAAACCAUAUCCUGUCACUGUGGAAGGCUGGGAAUUGCACUAACAUUGUUUAUCCACCUUGUGAUGUGCAGACAUUUCUGGACAUUCCCUUACAUGAGAAAAAGAUGACCCCAGGACAUUUACUGGUUUCUGUUGGCCAAUUUAGACCUGAAAAGAAUCAUCCUUUGCAGAUCAGAGCCUUUGCUAAAUUGCUGGAUAAGAAGGUGAAUAAGUCAUCUCCUCUUAAACUUGUCAUCAUUGGAGGUUGCCGGAACAAAGAAGAUGAACUUAGGGUAAACCAACUGAGAAAGCUGUCUGAAGAUUUAGGGGUUCACAAAGAUGUGGAAUUUAAAAUAAACAUUCCAUUUGAUGAAUUAAAGAAUUACUUGUCUAAAGCAACAAUUGGCCUGCAUACCAUGUGGAAUGAGCAUUUUGGGAUUGGAGUUGUGGAGUGUAUGGCAGCUGGCACAAUCAUCCUUGCACACAAUUCAGGGGGCCCAAAACUUGACAUUGUUGUUCCUCAUGAAGGAGAGAGAACUGGAUUUCUGGCCGAGAGUGAAGAAGGCUAUGCGGAGACUAUGACUCGUAUUCUUUCCAUGUCUGCAGAAGAGAGACUCCGAAUCAGAGAAAAUGCUCGCGCGUCUGUAAGCAGAUUCUCUGAUCAGGAGUUUGAAGCAACAUUCCUGUUAUCUGUGGAAAAGUUAUUUAAAUAAUGCAAUAUAUGUACAAUUAAAGCUCCACAUCUCAGAGGCUGGAAGCUACCUUUAAGUCAUUCAGGAGAACAGCAGUUGGUUUUUCUGACAUAAGCUCAUCUGUAAAAUGCAUUUUGAAAAGAGCAUUGGAUAAGCAGUUAGCAUUCCUAAGCCUACCCUUGGCCUCAUCAUGACAAACGUCUGACCUUUUGACACUAAAGCUGCUCCUUAAUCUUUCUGAGGCUUAGAGUCUGCAUGUAUAAUCUGGAGAUGUUAAUCCAUAUCCUCACUGCCUUCUACGGUUGUGAUACUGGGAUGGAAAGUGAGUGAAACUACUUUGAAAAUUAUAAACGUUACUUUCUAUAAAAGUAACAAUAUACAGGAUAAACAUAAAGUUCAUGUGCAAUUUAAAUCAGUAAACGUACAUAGUUAUUAGGUAAUCCUAUGCUUAUGGAUGCAUUACAACUCUGUAGAUUCUUUAGGAAGUGGUGUAAGUUUAAUAUGAUUUCUGUCCUGAAUAACAUGAACACUGUGUGUGUUUAGACAAUAACCAUAAAGACCUACGGUGUCCGCAUUUUCUGCCUAUGUAGCAUUUCCUGCUUGUUCAGGGAAUUGAAACCCCUCACAGUGUGAUUCAUCUUUGUGUGAGGGGCACAGGCAACAGGUAUGUUAUUCCUUUACAAUCUGCUCUCAACCAUUUAUCAGUAUCUACUCCCAAUUAUGUUGUUCGUUCAUCUGCAGGCCAUCUUUCUGUCAUCAGAUCUAAAAGCAAUGAAACAGAGUCAGUCACAGGGUGUUCUGACAGACCAGCACAGCUGUGUGUUCAAGAUGACGCCAUCUAGAAAAGAAAGACUAGUAGGAAUUGGAGCGAAAGGCACCCCACCGAUGCUCUAGUCCAUUUCUCUCUGAUUCUCAACUUCACAGACAAGAACAGUUUAAAGAAUUUAGUAGACUCCUUCAGUGUACAAUGCUGUUUGAUGACAGAAUCACGAUUACAACCUGAUACUCUGACUCCCCUCCCAGUGCUUUUUCUCAUUUUAUACCUAGUCUUUGGGGGAAGAGUCACACUCUUGCCCACUCAGCCUCCUAAUCUGCACAAAGAAAAUUAUGGGACCAAAGAUAAAAUGGACAGAGCAAAAAUAGAGGAUGUAGUGAAGAAAGUAUUCUGGAAUUUCAUAAAACAUUCUUUAACCUUUUUUCUAAAUGAUUUUCAAAUCACAAACAUAACAGUGAAAAAUAUAAUUUGCAAAUAUGUUCACUUUCCAUAUUCCUAAUACGAUAUCACAUGUAUUUUUAUUUUUUUCUGGAUGACUGAUAAUUGUGAAAAGUGUCAAAGUGGCGUAUCAGCUAGUGUCUACAGAACUUCUGGAUGACGAUUCUAAGACAUCGCUUUUGAGGGGUCCAAGCAUGCUAUGUUUUGAAUCCACAGUAAUGGAAAUUCACAUUUCUAAUUGUGCUCUACAAAUUAUGUGUUACAUAAUCUUUAUAUAAUAAUCAUUUGUAUGUAAAUAUUUAAACUUAAUAGAUACAAAAUCCAUUUGUAUCUAAAUAUAAUUUAAAGAAGUGAUUUCUCAUUAUUUUAGAUUCUUUUACAGUAUGGUCCCUAUUACACCCUUCAUGUAGUCUACCAAUUCUCCUACUAAUAUUCCAAAGCGCCACAUGCCAAGAAAUUUUUAUUUUUCUUUAAAAAGAAACAAUUUUGUUCUACCUGUGGAAACUAAGAAGAAUAAAUUAUCAGGUUUAAUAGCCUUUUUUUUUUUUUUUUGUAGAGACAGAGUCUCACUGUACCGCCCUCAGGUAGAGUGCCGUGGCGUCACAUGGCUGACAGCAACCUCUAACUCUUGGGCUUACGUGAUUCUCUUGCCUCAGCCUCCCGAGCAGCUGGGACUACAGGCGCCCGCUACAACGCCCGGCUAUUUUUUUGUUGCAGUUUAGCCGGGGCUGGGUUUGAACCCGCCACCCUCUGCAUAUGGGGCCGGCACCCUACUCACUGAGCCACAGGCACCGCCCUUAAUAGCCUUUUUUUAACUGAAUAUUUUAGAAUAGGAAAAACUGCAGAGUUUUUUACACUUUAUUGUAAUAAUUUUACAUGGUCAUCUUACAGGCUGAAUUAUGAGAGAGGCCAAAGCUGUGUUCAGCAGAGCUGUGUUCCCUCUGGAGGCUUUAGAAGAAGCUGUUCCUUUACCUUUCCCAGACUGUAAACAGCCUGCAUUGCCACCUCCAUGUUCAAAGGCAGCAACAGCAGCUCAGCACUGCCUUCUCCCUGGUUUUCUCUUGUGCCUUCCUCUUCCCUUUUUAAGGACCCUCCUUAAAAACCAAGGUAACCUCUUUAUUUUAAAGUCAGCUAAUGGCAAACAAUUCUACCGGCAAUCUUAAUUCCCCUGUGUGGUGUGGCAAUACAUUCAUAAAUUCUGGGGAUUGGGAUGUGACAUCUUUUGGAGGUGGAUAUUUGAGCUGCAUUAUUUUGCCUACCAUAUAUAUUAUCUAAGAUAUCUCUUAACAGAAGUUUUAAAGUAAAAUUAUUAAUUUCUACACUUAAAAAUUAAUUGUCUAAAUUAAAAGAAAAAUUAUGAAAAAUCGUUGGGAUUACUAGAAAACACAAUAAAUGAAUUUGACUGUCCUCAAAAAAAAAAUACUAUAGUUAUUGGAGAUUAUUAUUUAAGAAAAACUACAUAAUCACACAUAUAUUUUGACUGGUUGUUGCUGUUCCUUGGUCUUCAUCAACAGUACAAGUUAGGAUGUUAGAUGGAGUCAAAAUAUCCCCCAGACCUUCAUCUGCUUCACAUUUCAGCGUGCUUAUCCUCUCUCUUUCUCCUGAAACAAUAAAUGGUAAAACUUAACAUUGUGAUAUGAAAGCACUGAAGAAUACAUACGAAACUGGUUUCCCUUUUCACUCCCCAUCCCCACAUGAGCAAUAUCAAAGUUGCAUCUCA